AUGUCACAUGGAGGAUAUACUACAGCUGAAUUAUAUGCAAUAACUUAUGGAGUUAGAGAUAUUACAAAAUCUAUAGAAAAUAAAUUAACUUGCGGAACUGCUACAAGAUUGAGAAGAUUUGUUGAUGCUGUUUUAGCAUAUACUGGUGCAGAAGAAAUAGAUAUUAUUGCUCAUUCAAUGGGUGUUACUUAUGCAAGAAUUAUUAUUCAAGGGAAUAUGUGGAUUUUACAUAGAGUAAAAUUAAUUUUUAUUUGAAAAUUAAUUUUUAAGUGCCAACUUGGAGACCCUCUAAAAAGUAAAAUAAAUAAAUUUAUUGCAAUCGCUGGUGCUAACAAUGGCUUGUGUAUUUGUGCUGAUAGUGAAGGAGAAACAACUAACGAUACAAAAAGAGUUCCUGCUUGCAGUAAAGAA